AUGGCAGCUGAUUCAACAUAUAUGUCACAAUCUGUAAAAUCCUAUCCAUUUUCAAUGUCAGAUAGAUCAGCAUUAAACAAAGAAGAAAUCAUUAUUAAAGAUGAUGCAUUAACAUGCGAUGAACACUGUCAUAAUUGGAGUAUUUGGGUUUAUAAUGCAAAAUAUCGCGAAGUUUUUGGAAGAGAUGGUUUAUCAUGGGCUAAAAUUGCAUUUUACUAUUUUGCAUGGUUUAUGCUUCUUGCUGGUAUCUUUGCAUCGUUUGUUGGAAUAUUUAUGGCUAUUGUUGAUAAACGUAUUCCACCUUGUCGAGGAAAUUCAAGUGCUAUUGCUUUCGAUACAUCCCGACCAAACCCUGGUCUUGGUUUUCGACCACAAUUAGGUGUUCAAAAAACUUUAAUUAAAUAUCGUUCAUCACAUCGUGAUUCUUAUGGAUAUCGUCAUGGUUGGGGUCCAUAUAAAGAACAAUUAGAUCAAUUUUUAGCUUAUUAUACAGAAGCUGAUGUACAAUAUCAACAACAAAUUGAAUGUAAUGGUAAACCAAUUGACGAACUUCGUCCACAAUUUCAUCAAGGAAAAUCAUGUCGUUUCGAUAUAAAUAUGUUCAGAGAUCGUGCAACACCAUGUGUUACACAAAGAAAUUUUGAAUAUGAUCGUGGUCAUCCAUGUGUUCUUUUAAAACUUAAUAAAAUUUAUGAUUGGGAACCAAUAACAUAUCAAAAUGCUGCUCAAGUACCCGAACAAUUUAAAACUAUAUGGUCAAGUGAAUUCUCUAAUUAUAUAUUAGUAGAAUGUGGUGGUGAAAAUGAUGUUGAUCGAGAUUUUAUAUUUGAGAUUGAAUAUUAUUCUCAAAUGAAUACAACACAAAUUGGAGGUUUUCAUCGUAAUUUUUAUCCAUUUCUGAAUCAAGAUGGUUAUCGUAGUCCAUUGGUUUUUGUUUAUUUUAAAAAAAUUGAAACAAAUGUUUUAAUUAAUGUUGAAUGUCGAGCUUAUGCACAAAAUAUUGAUAAUAAUGAUAGUAUUGAAUAUAAGCGUGGAAGUGUUCAUUUUGAACUUAUUGUUGAAUGA